UGGUAACAGAAUUAGGGUUAGGGUUUUUUUCCCACCAAAAAAAGUUGAUAAAAAGGCCUCUUUGAAAAUUUGAAUCAAACUGUAAACACCCCAUCAAUGGCUGCAACCACGUGCAGGGCUCUUCCUACCAUUUCUUCUCUCCACUCCUCCUUCACCACCACAACACUUGAACUUCCUGCUCCAUCCACUGUCUUCUUCAGACCCAAUACCAGAUUUUCCAGAUUGAGGGUUUCUCCUACUACAACAGUAGCACCAAAAUAUGGGUUUCGGGUAUUGGCUGCUUCUGGGUUUCGGGAUGGCAAUUCUGAAGCGAACCUGGAAUUAGGACCUUCAGUGUCAUCUUCCUCUCAUUCAAACUCCGUUUCUGAUGAUUCUUGCUCAGAAGCAAGUAUUGACAUAAAACUCCCAAGAAGAAGUUUGAUUGUGCAAUUUACUUGUGAUGCUUGUGGUGAAAGAACAGAAAGGCUUAUAAAUCGAUUAGCCUUUGAACGGGGGACUGUUUUUGUGCAGUGUGCAGGGUGUCUUCAGCAUCACAAAUUGGUUGAUAAUUUAGGCCUUGUGGUCGAGUAUGAUUUGCGGGAGAAUAUCAGUGCAGACUCAAAUACAGAUCAAGUUUGAAAUGCAGCAAUUAAGUUAUCUAUAUUUUUUCUUUUUCCAUUUUACAUGCAACAUUGAAGUUCAUUGAGCUGUUCUGGUUUUCCUUAAAACAUCCCUUCCUCUGUAAUGGUGUAUAGUUCAAAUUCAAUUUUAUUAUAUAUUGACCAUGCAA